AUGAGGUUUAUCGCUGAGCAUACCAGCAUUCCUGUUCCUGAAGUUCACAAGAUUGAAACCGACCAGGAUGGCAAGGUCCUUGAAAUAUAUAUGGACUAUAUGCCAGGAACGCCAUUGGACGAAGCGUGGAGUACUAUGACUGAAGUCGAAAAGCGAUCGGUGGCAGAAGACCUUCUUAAAUACGUACGCGAAAUGCGAUCACUGAAAGGUAACUACAUUGGAGCUGCAGGCCGUGGCCAGGCAGUGAUUGGCCAACAUGUUUUCCAUGGUGGUGGUCCGUUCGACACAGAACGCGAGUUUAAUCAAUUUAUGUUCUCCAAGAUCAUAUCCAAGGUUCCCGAUGCGUUCAAGUGCCAUGCAGCAAGGGUAUUCAAAGAGAACCAUGAGAUUGUCUUCACCCACAGUGACUUGGCCCCCAGGAAUAUACUGGUCAAAGAUGGCCAUGUUAGCGGUAUUCUGGACUGGGAGCAUUCCGGGUGGUAUCCAGAAUAUUGGGAGUAUGAAAGGGCGUAUCGGCAUUUUAAUGAUGUGCCUGGGUGGCUAGAUUAUGUUGAUCUCUUUUUACCCUGGAAGUACUCUGAAGAGAUAGUGGCGAUGUCAUAUUUAUCUAAAUACAGCCGUUGA